AUGAGAUUAUUCCACUACGCUGUAACUUUCUUCACCUUAUUCACCUCAAUUGUCCUUGCCGUUGACCCAACCAUCACCCAAAAGGUUUACUUCGAUGUUGCUCACGGUGAUAAAAAGGUUGGUCGUAUCGUUAUGGGUCUAUAUGGUGAUGUGGUUCCAAAAACCGUAAAGAACUUUUAUCAAUUGGCUAUCUCUGAGGAUGCCGAUAUGGGUUACAUCAGUUCUAUCUUCCAUCGUGUCAUUCCAAACUUCAUGAUUCAAGGUGGUGAUUUCACAAACAAAGAUGGUACCGGUGGUAAAUCUAUUUAUGGUAAGCGUUUCGCAGAUGAAAACUUUACUUUAAAGCAUGACAAACCAGGUAAAUUAUCUAUGGCCAAUGCUGGUAAGGAUACCAAUGGUUCCCAAUUCUUUAUUACUACAGUUGUCACUAACUGGUUAGAUGGUAAGCACGUUGUCUUUGGUGAAGUUGUUGAAGGUAUGGAUGUUGUCCAUUACAUCGAAAACGUUGACACCGACAGAAGAAACAAACCUUUGAAGGAUGUUAAGAUUAUCGCUACUGGUGAAAUCACUGAUGAAACCAAGAAGGAUAUCAUUGAUGAAACUUCCACUACAGUUUCUACUUCUCACGAUGAAUUCUAA